AUGUCCCGAUCCCCAAGCGAAGACAACUCAAGCUUCACCUCCCGCUCCAGCAGCGAAGAUGAGCUCAAGCCCCUCGCCACAGAAACAUACUUCGAAGCCCUUCCCUCCCCCGUCUACGCACCACGCAGUCCCAAGAAGAAGUACUUGGUCCUCGUCAUCUCCAUCAUCAGCUUCGUCGUCUGCAUGACACUGGCUUCCAUCUACGGCGUCAACUACGAUGAGCUGAAGAAGGAAGAGGUUGUCAUUCCACCUCAAUAUGCGGAGGUUCGCAAUCUUUCUACUUGGUCUGAGGAGAAAGUCUGUGGAAAGCGCGAUGAGGCUGCGAAUAUGACGAUCUGGAAUGAUGUCGUUAACAAGACGAGUGAUCUCAUUGAGGAUCAGUUCACCAUCGCCAUCCAAACCUACAAGCGCUCCGCCCAACUCAACAAAACCCUCCUCCACCUCACCGAAAACAAAGUCCCCUCCCUCUACGAAAUCGUCGUCGUCUGGAACGAAAUCGACAAGACACCACCACCAGACUACAUGAGCGAACACGGCGUCCUCGUGCGCUACCGCCUUUCCAAGAAGAACAGCCUGAACCAAAAGUUCCUCCCCGAUCCUCUCUACCGAACACAAGGCAUCCUCCUCUCUGACGAUGAUUGGAAUUACAACACGACUGGUGAUCUGGAGUACGCUUUCCAGGAGUGGCGUCGUGCGGGUAUGCAUCGUCUCACAGGUGCUUUCGGACGAUGUUGGACUAUGAAUGAAGUCACUGAAACGCCGAUGUAUAACUUUAACUGCAAGGGGCAGGAUAGUUAUAGCAUGAUUCUCACCGGUCUUGCGUUUACGCAUAUCUCAUACUUGGAGUAUUAUCACUCUGAAGACGACAUCAUGACUGAUGUGCGCAAGUUGGUUGAUGAUAGCUUCAACUGCGAGGAUAUCGCGCUCAACUUUGUCGCGAGCAUGUUGACGUGUGAAGGGCCACUACUGGUCCUUGGAAAAGACAAGUUGGAUCAUCAGGCUGCUAAGAGUGGUAUUAGUUCUAAGCCUGGACAUAUUGGAAGACGGAGUGCUUGUAUGAAGAAGUUUGUGGACAUGUUUGGAUACAUGCCGCUGCAUGAGGUGCAGGGGUAUCUGAGACGGGGUGUGCAGGCUCAGCAAUGA